UCACAUAACCUAUCUAUGAUGUAAUUUGCUAAACUAAACAAUAACAUGAGUGGAAGACUAUUAAAGUUUUUUAAUAGUGGAAGAAAAGCAAAUUUUCCAACAUCUUCGGAGGUUUUAAGCUGCUAUUUGCGACAGUGCAACGAGCCCCCCUGGACGUCCUAUUUUAUAAAAUACAGCAGCAUAAGGGAUGAUCAAUGGGGAAGAUCGCAUUUUAACUGGCAAGUUGGCAAGUCGAAUUAUCAUAUUUUGCGCACUGGCUGCUACCCGUUCAUUAAGUACCACUGCACAAAGAGAAAACUGGAAGAUCUCACCUUUGAAGACUCUUUUUACAGGGUAAUCAAAGUUAUCAAUUUAGGUUUGCCCUGCUUGGCGUAUGGAAUAGCCGCAAUAUACUUAAUAAAGCAUCAAGAAGCCGUAGCAACUAAUAAAGGAAUAGUGACGAUCUAUUUCCUAUAUCCUGAAGACAAAGGCGCGUUAUAUUAAAAUAUAAGAUUUCGCUUUUCUUGACUGCUUUUCCAUCAAAAGAGGAGAGAGAAGUACUGAUACAAUUGGCUACCUUUCCAUGAGAUAAAAAAGGACGCGACUGUCUUUCUGCAACAAAGUGUUUGCAUACGAGUCCGAGUAAUUUAUUUGCUUUGAAAUAUACGCCCACAAAGAUAUUCUCUAUGAAAA